AUGCCGCUCGCGCGCCGGACCGAUCUCGGCGACAGCGCCUACGCCGGGCUCGAGGUGGACGUCUGCGGCGACCUGCAGCGAUGCCUCGCGGACACCCUCGCGGGCGGCCUCGACUUCCUCGUCGCGCCCCUCGCGCAUCCGCGCCACCGCCGCCCGUCCGCCGCCGCCGCCUCCCGCGACCCGUCCGCCCCGGCGCCCGCGCCGUUCGCGCGCUCCGACCUGCUCCUCAACUCCGCGCAGUGGUCGUCGCAGGUGGUGGGCAAGACGUCGCCGUGGAUCGACGCCGACUCGCCGUCCGCGCCGUACCGCGCGGACAGCGAGGCGGCGCUGCGACAGGAGCUCGGAUGGGCCGCGCACCUCUCGCUGCACGCGGUGUUGCUCCCGCCGCCGCGGCUCGGCGCCGCCAACUACGCGAGGAUCGUGUGCCAGUUCCUCGGCGCGCUGUCGCACACCGCGCUCUGGGUCCGCGUCCCGCUGGUCGAUCCAGCCUCGCUCGCGUCCGCCGUCGACGCGUGCACCCGACGCCGCAUUCACGACCCGUUCGAGGCGUGGGCGUUCCUACGCGCCGCGUGCGAGGGCCACCCGCAGCUCGGGGUGUGCCUCCACGUGGGCGCGUCUCUUCCGAGCGACGGGGAGCUGGCGCGGUGGAUCGGCGAACCGGUCCGAGCGAUCGUCGUCGCCGAGGACGCGUUCACCACGAACAAGCGCGGGUUUCCCGUUUUACCCAAGCGGCACCAGGAGUUCCUGACGUCGAUGUUGCGGCGGAACGUGCAGGUGCCCACGCCCGCGGAGGCGGCGGCGCAGGCGGCGGCGUCGACCGGGUCCCGCGACGGAUGGCACUCGACUCGGCGGCGGUGGGAGUAUCUCGUCUACCUGUUCCGCAAGAUCCCGGACGCGACGGAGCAGGAGCUCGUUGAGGCUGGGUACAGGGACUACCUCCAGGCGCCGCUCCAGCCGCUGAUGGACAACCUGGAGAGCGCCACGUACGAGACGUUCGAGAAGGACGCGUCCAAGUACACGUGCUACGAGGAAGCCGUCUUGGCGUGCCUCAGGGACCGGGUCACGGACGCGGACGCGGCGGCUGGGAAGGAGACGGUGCUCAUGGUUGUCGGCGCGGGCCGCGGGCCCUUGGUCCGAGCGUCCCUCAGGGCGUCGGAAAGGUGCGGGCGGAAACUGAGGGUGUACGCGGUGGAGAAGAACCCCAACGCCGUCAUCACGCUCCAGUCGCUUGUGGCGGCGGAGGGGUGGACGAACGUGAGCGUGAUGUCGAGCGACAUGCGAGCCGCGGAUCCGCCGGAGAAGGCGGACGUGCUGGUGUCGGAGCUGCUGGGAUCGUUCGGCGAUAACGAGCUGUCGCCCGAGUGCCUAGACGGCGCGCAGAGGUUCCUCAAGGACGACGGCGUGUCCAUCCCGCAGGCGUACACCAGUUACCUCGCGCCCGUCACCUGCGCCAAGCUGUGGAACGACGCCAAGGCGUACGGUGACUUGGCUCACAUGGAGACGCCGUACGUGGUGAAGCUGCACCGGUGCUCUCUGAUUGCCGACCCGGCGGAGGUGUUCACGUUCGAGCAUCCCAACCACGCGGACGUCGUCGACAACUCCCGGUACGCCAAGCUUCGGUGGCGACGGGAACCGAGGUCGCACGCGGCGACGAUGCACGGCUUCGCGGGGUAUUUCGAUGCGAAGCUCUACGAGGGACCCGCGGGUAACGUGCACUGCAGCAUAUACCCGCCCACGCACACCAUGGGGCCGACGGGCGAACCCAUGUUCAGCUGGUUCCCGAUCUACUUCCCGCUCCGAUACCCCGUGCACGUACCCGCCGGGUGCGACGUGGAGGCGCACAUGUGGCGGUGCAUCGGUCCCUCGAAGGUUUGGUACGAGUGGAGCGUCACCGCGCCGGACGUCGGGCCCAUACACAACGUCAACGGGCGGUCGUACUGGGUAGGCUUGUGA